AUAGUAACGAUGACCAGAAGAUCAAGGACCUUGAUACUGCAAUUUAGUCCGUUUCUUGAUAUUUCAGUUCUGUAGUGGUGUAUUUAUUUUGAAAGUGUAGGAUAACACAGUAGCCUCUGUUCAGCAGAUUUAGAAUGAGGGGCCGGCCCGCUCACUGCCCAGCUAAAUAGGUCGCUCUUGUAUCAGGUCCAUCAGCCAGGGAGACAAGGAGCUCCCUUAUUGUAGAGACUAAAGGGCCCUUAAAGCACCACUAAGUGGGGAGGUGGUGUUUGCAACUAGAAGACAUGGCUGCCGUGGCCGCUAUACAUGUGGCUCGGAUCAAGAGGGCUAAAGAGAAGGAGAACCAGGGCUACAUGAUCUCCUCUCCGGGUCCCGAGGGUCCCAAUGCGAUGGCGGGAGUAUCGGCGAUAGCAGCUGCUUCUCUACGGAGCUCAGACAAUGUGCUCAGUGGGCACCUGGCGGGUACUCCUAUUGAGAUACGAGAAGAAAACCAGACUGACACCCUCAUCAGGAUCAAUGUUAGUGGGACUCGUUACAUAACCUACAAGGAUACUCUCCAGCAGUUCCCCAACACUCUGUUAGGUUCCGAGCGUAUCUCGCACUUUUACAACGAGGAUAUUAAAGAGUAUUUCUUCGACCGGAAUAGGAUAGCAUUUGACGCUAUCUUGUAUUAUUACCAGUCGGGAGGGUACCUGUACCUGCCUCCGGGCCUCGAGAUGCCUGUAUUCCAAGAGGAGCUGCAAUAUUUCGAGAUCCCUUCUAAUCCGACAGGAGAGGUUAAGGAGGCGGACAAGGAAAGUCUCAUAGACAACUACCCUUACAACAAAUACUUUCUCAAACUCCACUACAUCUUAGACCACCCUGAUUCGGGCAUCUUAGCCAAGCUCUGGAUGGUCUUAGACGUGGUUUUCAUUGUCAUCUCCAUGACACUGUUCAUCGCCGAAACGGACCCAAAGGUCGAGCAAACCAUUAACGAGUCGAAAGAAGUGGAACAAAUAUUCUUUUACUUGGACGCGGUUUGCAUAAUAUUUUUCACCAUCGACCUCCUAUUACGACUUAUUGUCGCUCCCAGCAAACAGAAUUUUUUUAAACGAACUCUGAAUUGGCUUGACUUUGCUGCGAUUCUCCCAUUUUACAUCGAAAUUCCAUUGAAAGACAGUUCCGGAAUCACUGCCUUGCGGGUUUUGCGAUUAUUUCGAGUAUUACGUAUCUUAAAAGUUAUUCGACAUUCGAAGCAGUUAAUACUAAUCCUGCAAGUUUUGAAGCAAUCUUGCCGAGAGUUACUACUUCUGGUCGUCAUGUGGGCAAUGGGAGUGGUGACUUUUGGUAGUAUCAUGUAUUACAUAGAGGAAGAUCAGCCGGACAGUGAGUUUAACUCAAUUCUCAAGGCGUGCUGGUGGGCGGUGGUUACUAUGUCAACGGUAGGUUACGGCGAUUUAUACCCCACGUCUGUGCCUGGCAAGUUAGUUGGGUCAGUUGUUGUUUUCUUGUCGAUGGUGUUCAUGGCCCUCCCCAUGACGAUCAUCGUGAGCAAGUUCAGUCGGGCGUACGAGGAGAUGAAAGAGCCACAUCAGAUGGUGGGUGGGGGACUGGAAUCUCAGCAGGGCAGUCAGCUCUCCAUUAACGGCAAACCUGACGUGGAGAGCGGGCCCGACAAGCUCCACCCACCGAGCCACAACUCUACUGCUUUGUGAGGAGUUAUUUUAUUGUUUUAUUAUUGGGGAACUCUCAGACUCUAGUUACUUCACCGAGUAAUCAUUUCCGUGGCAACCGCUAUUUCAUCUGGUUACUGUUGCCAUGGUAACCGUUACUAAACUAGUCGUUCUCUCCGGGGUUAAAGUAAAGCUUCACUUUUUAAAGAUUGGUUUGAUUAAAUACACGUAGUAGAGUCACAUAUGAACCGUUACGGUUACUAUGGUAACCGUUGCGGUUACUUAGGUUUUGAAACGCCGAUCAUUUAUAAUAUAAACGCGAUGAUUGAUAAUUGAUGGUUGAAUUAUCAACACUUGUCGUUGAUAACUAGUAUAGGGGAGUAAAACUAAACAAAAUUUAGAUUUAUACCCCUUUAUUGUGGGUAGUCCCAUCUAACAAUGAUUUUUAGCUAAUUUUAUUAUAUUUCUACCAAA